CUCGCUGCUCCGCCCGUCAUCACCAAGGCCGUCCCCGACGCAGAGAGAGGUGCCGGAGCUCUAAUUCUUUAACUGAAUUUGAAUUUUAUCUUUUCUUUUAACUAUUUUGAUAUAUUUUUUUUUUAAGUUAUUCUUAUUCUUAAUAUCUCAACCUUCGUUGGCAGGGAUUAUUCAGUUUAUUUAAUAUAUUAUUGAAUAUUUUUGGUGUUAAUCAUCUGUGCCGGUUGAAUUUUAGCUUCGGAAUGGCGAAGAAGCUUUGUUGGGAGCUCUUUAUUAGUAAGCUGUCAUUCUACACCUCAGAAAAUGAACUCAAAAGGUUGUUUUCACCAUUUGGGGUCGUUAAGCAAGCUCGGUUAAUCAGAGACCCAAAAACCCAAAGACCUAAAGGAUUUGGUUUUGUCAAAUUUGAGAAAGAAGCUGAGGCACAGAAAGCACUGAAAGCCAUGAAUGGCAGGAUAGUCCAAGGAAGGAUGAUAUUUGUAGAAUUUGCUCAAGGUUCUACAGAUGAGGCAAACAAAAACACUUGAAAGUAAAAUUCUUUUGAAAUUUGUUUGAGACUGCUAACAUAUUACUUUUAAGUUGUAUCAGAAUCAGACUUUAAGUUGUAUCAGAAUCAGACUUUCUGAGCUAGAAUUGGAGAAGAAACUUUUUUAAGCACUUGAUCAUUAAUCUUCAAGUUCUUUGUUUUUGCAUUGAGGUACCAUUAUUAACCUGUACUCCUGUUAUGAUAAAUCUUCAAAUAUUUU